CGGAUAUUUUCAAAUACGCUCCGAUCCGGCAUUGCCCGUUCGCAUCUGGUGCGAGUACCACGAACAGCUGCUCCCGGUGCUGCUUCGAUUCCCAUCCUCCAUCCUCCAUCCUCAUUCCGCUUUGUGUGGCCGCGCUAAAAACAUGAAAUUGAAAAUCAAUCUGGCGUUCCUCCGUGCGACACUCGUCGGUCUCCUGUCCAUCAUCCUCCUGACACAGACCGCGCAAGUCGAGGCCUUUGGAGGCGGCUCCUCGGGCAAUGGGGCAGUGGUGUCGUGCAAAGAGCUGAACAAUGUCAACUGCUACGUGGGCCGCAACGAGGGCAACUUCUGCAGCAGCAAGGAUAAGACCAAGGUCGUUACUCGCUGGUAUUUCGACAAGGGCGUCUGCAAGCCCUUCAACUACAAAGGAUGCAACGGCAAUCGCAACCGCUUCUGCUCCCAGGAAAGCUGCGACGCCCGCUGCGGCGAUUGAUUGGCAUAUAGAUACAGAUAUAUAUCUCACCUAGGCGAUAAGUUUGUACGCGUAUGUUUAGCAACUAGAGAUCGCUCCACACUUGAGAAAACAGAAUGUCAUUGCUCAUACACUCGGUUGGUUUAGCUCACAAUUCAUGCACUCAACUUUGAUUUUUUCACAACUCCCCCACUAUUAUUUUAAGAGUUAAAUGCUUUUACUACGAAUCUAAAUAAAACUAAAAAAAUACAA